AUGUACAUGUUUUUUUUUUUGCCCAAAAUGUCCCCAUUUAAGUGCUUGCUGACAUUUCUACCGCUAAAUCCCUUAUAAAAUUUGGAAAUGUUGGUGUGUUUUCACCUCCGUUUGAGUACCGUUCAUUUUUAUUGUAAUACUUGUACAUUAUACUCCAUAAGAUUCUUGAAGUGUAAGGCCAUAGAAACUUUGUCAGUACAUAUACACACGAGGGAGGGGAUGUGAUUGAUAAAAAGCGAUCUAAUCUGAACUUGGACAAGAGUGUUAUGGGUAGAAACAGAUGGUGAGAGAGAACUGUUGUGAAUGACCGAACGUGAUCCUCUUCUUGAUUCAUGUAGUGCGCCCUAAGUUUCUUUGGACAAGGCUUUGUUAUUGUUGUUGUUCUACGAAUGGUAUUGAGUGAUUCUGAAUUUGAAGAUUGCAGAAUGCCAAAAAGACAUUUCUGAAGCAUUAGUUAUGGUUGAAGAGGCUGAACGAAAUCUUGGUUCUGGAAAGGUUUUGAAAGGAAUAGAAAACGAAACAAUGGACAAGCGAAAAGAAUCUUUUAAUGCUGCAUUGAUUUCUGCAGUUGUUGGCACCAUUGCAGGGCUUCCCAUUUCAUUGACUCGGGUCGCCACCAUGGAUGAGCUGAUACCCCCAUUGGCGAUCACUUCUAUUAGUUGUGCACUGUUUGGUGUAACCUUUCGCUAUGUGUUUACUAGAGACUUGGAUAAUUUUCGGCUCAAGACUGGAACACCUGCGGCUUUUGGUUUUGCAAAAGGCCUUGCAGAGUUGACCAAUGGAUCCCUUUUGGAGUUAAAUGAUCCAGCAACCUUCUUUUCUCAUGCUGCUAUGUGUAUCUCUGAGAAUCUGCUGGUUUUCCUGUUUGCUGCUGUUGGGUUAGACUUGUGCAUGAAGUUGAGGAUUUUGAGUCCAUUCCCUUUAGAGAAAUCAGCUCAAGAGUGACACUAAAAUGUUGGUGUGGUAAAUAAAUAAACCGAACGUUUACCACACUAACCUCUUGUGGCACACUCUAAAGGUUAGUGUGGUAAAACAGAUGAAUCUGCAGCAUUUCCUCUUGUAUCUAUAACCUCAGUGGCAAAAUGGGCAUCCUUUUUCUCACCCAUGUUAGAUUGUUGUUUUUUGGUAAAUACCAAAGCUUAAGACUAUGAUAUGUUUAUUACUACAUUUUAGUUCAGAAUAAAGUAUAUUGCAGAAAGCAAUCUCAUUAACAGAAAGUAAAUUGCACAUUUUAUG